AUGAUUUGUUCUAGGAAUAGCGAUCGCGGAGUGUUUAUCGGAGAAAACCGUGAUGGGCUGAAGGAGGUCAUACCCGAUCAGAAACGCCUAGCUCCUGUUGUUGUCAUCAACAGCGCUUUCAACAACCGAUCCGAUCAUAUGGCUAUCUAA